UACUGCGAGGCCUGGUGUCUGUUUAAGAGCUGUGCUGUGUUUUCAUACUGGAGGCUUCGGAUUGUGUAGAGUAGGUUAUGAAACUACACACGGGUGCGGACAGAAGCCUGACAGAAUACCAAAGUAGGCACACUCAGAACGCAUACCGUUUUGUAAACACAAACGACUACCAGUGAGAGGCCAGUCGGAGAAAAUAAUAAGGUGCUAGGUGCGCUUCAAUAGAUACACAAGCUACGAAUACUCGACUGAGACAAGUAAGCCGCUCGUGCAAAGUAGCUUUCACAACUGUCAUGCCAGAAAGGCACGUGUGUAUAGUAUCUUCUAAAUUAUCAGACUCCACAUUUGCUCCUUUUCAUCUUUGGUUUGUAAAUGAUGUUUGGGUGAAGGGCGUGGCUUUCGGAGAUUGUCUGUUUAUGUUUACAAAAGUUGAAAUCCCUGCUUUACUACAGGUGACACGAGAACCACAAUCAGAAAAAUAAUAAUAAAUAAAAUGGAGUUGUAAAAGAGAAAGUAUGAUGUUUUGAAAUUAAAAUGGCAGUUCUAGAGAACUAUGUUCGUCUUUUAGAGAAAGAUUCAAAUCUUGUUUUGAGCGCUUGGAAAGCUUUCCAGAUUAUAUUUUAUACAGUUAUAUUCUUCUCUGGAAUUGCAACAAGUUAUUGUGUCAGUGGUAUAACAGAAAGUUUUGCAGGCAACUGUUUCCUAUUUAGCAACGUUACUUUUCUGCAUAAUGGGAACACACAAAAUGAGUCUAGAAAGUUGCAUUUACCAAUUGAUGCUGAAAAGACUUUAUGGGGUAAAGAUUCUACUUGCGAAUUCUGUCAGUAUGUACCUGUUGCAGCAGUUAUAUUUUCAUUGGUGUGGGCCACUUUGUUUAUGAUGUGUGGUAAAGGCGGGAAAGCAGUAUCAGGGCUCCCACAGCCUUGGCGGAUAGUAUUCCCUGCAUUUGUCUUCAACGUGAUAUACUUCGUUAUUUCGCUUGUCGCCACAAUACAUCUCGUUAAUGGAAUUGAUACUUUCUGCCUCAAUUUUAUAGAGAAUAACGGCGUGGCACAUUGCAGUGUUCUGACAAAAAUAGACUUGGCUGGUAGAUCAGGACAGCUGACAUAUGACUUGAUGGUGUUCUCAAAGGUAUCUGCUUGGAUUAAUACAGUAUGUUGGUUACUGGGAACGUGCCUGCUUCUCUUACGAUGUUUCUGCAUUGCUGAUUUUGAGCUUGUUGAAAUUACUGUUUCAACAUAUGAACCCACAAGGAUCUCGAUAUCCUCAGGAAGCCGUCCAAGCUUAGAAGCUCUUGGAGAGACAUCGGAGUCUGAUGCACCUUAAGACUACAAAGCUUUUUUGCUUUCACCAGUAAUCUUACACAUAUAUGAAAAUUUUAAACAACAGUAUUUGCAAGUUUGCUCACUGUAGCCCACUGAACUAAUUGUGUGCUGUUCUUCUUGCAUAUAUUGCAAACAUGCUCUUUGCUCACUGUUCAAUUGGCUGAUGAUUUUGACAGCUAUCUAAUCAUCUCAUUUUAUACGUUGUACUUAUAUUUUAUACACAUAAAUAUUUAUUCCAUACUAUACUUGUUAGUAAUAUAAAUGCAUUUAAAUGUUAUUGCAUUUUCAAAUGGUUAACAGUAUUUGAUAUCUUUGCUCACAAUGUGUAUUCCCUCCUCAAACGACAAUAUUUGAUAUUACAAAUAACUUGUGCUUAAAUAAAAUGAUUGAAUUUAAA